UUUAGACUGUUCAGUUUGUCACGAUGAACCUUGCUCCCCAAGCUCCCUCCUAUGAUUGGUGUGGAGCUCUCAUUUCAGUUAAACGGUAAUUUCCUUGAGAAGUGACAGAACUGAGAAAAUCUCUUUGGGCUAAAGAACUAAGAUAAGGCCUGAGAUCAGGGUGGAAACUUAGCAUUCAGCCAGGACCCCAAUUUUCUCAUAAACUGGUUUGAGAGGAUCUCAGGAGACAAGCCUAGAAGGUGAAAUUCCAGCAAGCAUGAUGGAUGAAAACUCUCCAAAAUGUCCCCCUGGGAAAACAGUUUGUUCAAACUGUUUGAGGCCUUGUCAACAACCAGCCAUCAAAUCCUGCGGGCACAGUUUUUGUCAAGCAUGUUCCAGCCAUGUCUGGGGAGAAGAAUUAAAAGAGAAGGUCGCCUGCCCUGACUGCAGAGAAAUCUUUUUGAGAAAUAAACCAGGCUCUAAAGUACCUCUUGGGAAAAUGAAAGAGCCCACUAGACUGACAACUAUAGAUGAAACAAAACUGUCCGUUAAGAGUAUCUGUGAGUUACACAAAGAAAUUUUAGAUCUCUUCUGUGUGGAGGAUCAAACCCCUCUUUGUUCAGUCUGCAGAAAAUCCUGGGAUCAUUCAUUGCACACUGUGAUUCCCAGAAACCAGGCAGCUGCGACAGACAACCAGGAGACUGGAAGCCCAAUGAGUGGAUGGGAGGAAGGUUUUCCAAGGUCGGAGCCCUCCAGUUCUGGCGUUAUAGGAUACUCAAACGUGACAACUGGCUUCAAAGGAAAAGGAGAGGCCCUCAAAGGGAAUGAGAAGGAGGAUGCAGAUAAGCUCCUGCUGAUCGACCAGUGGGUUGACUUCAACUUGGAAGAGAACAAGGAAGAAGGUGCUCAGUCUAACUCCAGGGUCCAAAACUCCAUCACAUGGAUCGUUCUGAUACUGUUCAUCAUCCAAAUUGUGGGCUUGGUGACAACCGUCUUUGUUUUUACCAAGGCUAAACCUGUCCUGCCAGCCACCAUCACUGUCAACCCUUGUUGCCCCCUUGGCUGGAUCAUGAACCAAGGGAACUGCUAUCAUGUCUUGGAACUGGAAGGAUCCUGGGAUGCGGGACAGCAACACUGUUCCUCGCUGGGUGCAUCCCUGGCUGUUGUUGAUAACUUAGAAAAACUGAAUGUUGCCGUGCAGGACAAAGGCCCCUUCAACCACUGGGUUGGCCUCCUCAGAGAGUCAAGUGAGAUGUGGAAAUGGACUGAUGGGACUGUGUUCAACAACCUCUUUGAAGUGGAAGGAGACGGGCGGUGCGCUUACCUAGUCAAGGGGGCUGUGAGCAGUGCUGACUGCUCAGUUGAGAAGAAGUGGCUCUGCAGCCAGAAGGUGAAGACAAGUGGAGGGUCCCAUGGCCGCUGCCGGGGGACGUGAGCUUUUAAGAGCUGAACUUGUACCAAAGGAACUUUCUGUGCUUUACCAUGUUACUAGCUGCCACUCCCUCUGUGUGUGGUGUGUGCAGUGAUAAAUGUCAGGCACCAACUCAAGUGACCAAUCUCUCAUCCUUUAGGUAGUCUCGCCUUGCUAGAGAUUGGGCAUCUGAGCACCCUUAGCAUCUGAGCAUGAGAUCAAAGCUGUCUCAUGGUAUGACUACUAAGAAAGCUGGUAGACUGAAAAAUCAGGCUUAAGAUGAUGGAGGAAAACCUAAUAUAUUCUUAUUCUUUAAAAAGAAAUUAUCUUCUUUUGUUCUUACAGCUGCAAUCUAGAAGCGUACUUCCUUGGGAGUCAAUUCCAUUGAACUCAGUGGGAUUUACUUCUGAGUAACUAUGCAGAAAAUUGUGUUGCUAGUGCAUAUUUUAGUGCAGACACUCUCUAAUCGGAUGAAGAGUGCCCUGACAUCUCAGCUUUCCUUUCAGAUGAAAACACUGCACGUUCCCACUCCUCAGGAUUGUAGGUGAAACCCUUCAGAACACCGCCCACCUUUCAGUAACUGAAAAGCUCAAAAUCAAAAGACCAAUUAAACAAGCCUCAGGCUCCAUCAGUUCUAAAACCCUGUGAUUCCAAGAUCUGCCUCACUCAAGAUUCUUCAGACCUGACACUCUGCUGCUGAAUACUCAGGUUAAAACUAGCCAGUUAUCAUCAUUGUCAUCGUCAUUGUCAUCAUUUAUUAUUCCUGCUGGGAGGAAGGGUGGGAUGAUGAUGAUGAUGAUAAUAAUAAUAAUAAUAAUAAUACCCGCCCUUCACUUAAAGUCCCAGAGCGAGUUACAACAAUUUAAAACAUGACAUUAAAUAUGACAUUAAAAACAAAACAACCUAAAAUCCCAAAAUAGAGUGGGUCCUAAAAAUACGUGUCUCAGGUGUCAAAGGCCAGGGUAAAGAGGUGCGUCUUCAACAUUUGCCUAAAACUGUACAGUGGAGUUGCCAAGCACACCUUGGUGGGGAGUCAGUUCCACAAUUUAGGGGCCACCACAGAAAAUGCCCUCUUCUUGGCCGCCCCACCACCCCGAGCUUCCAAGGGUGGCAAAACUACCAAAAGGGCCCCCUCUGCUGACUUCAACAUGCCAGAGCAUCUGUAGGAAAGGAGGUGGUAUUUCAGAUAUUUGGGACCUAAGUAAUUUAAGGCUUUAAACAUUAGAGUGAGCACCUUAAAUUGGGCCCAGAAAUGAACUGGCAAACAAUUAAGCUGUUUUAUAAACGGGAUUAUACGAGUUCUAAAGGGAAUCCCAGCCAGUAAUCUGGUUGCUGCGUUUUAGACCAGUUGAAGUUUCCAGGUUGUCUUCAAGGGCAGCCCCAUAUAGAGUGCAAUGCAAUAAUCGAAUCUGGAAGUUACCAGAGCAUGGAGCACUGUGGCCAAGUCAUCUCUAUCUCAACUGGCAAACUAGCCGGAGCUGGAAAAAGGCACUUCUAACAACUGAGACCACCUGAACCUCCAAUGACAGUGUUGGAUCAAGGAGUAUACCCAGGCUGCAAAACUGCUUCUUCCAGGGGAGUGCAACCCCAUCCAGAACAGGCCAUCUCCCCAGAGACAGAAUUUGGGGUUUUAUCAUGAGACAAAAUGUUGUAUCGUCAAGGUUUUCCAGGCCAGGUGUGUGUGUAUGUGGGGGGGAUGUUUCUAAAGAAAUGAUGGUUUGGAAACUUUUGAUGCUGCAACUAAGUUAUUUAUUUCACUGUUGGAAAGGAAGUCAAUGUGACCUAUAUAGUAAGAGUAUAAAAGUAGAGGCAAUCUGCUGUUAGUCAAUGUGGAACCACUUGUGGCUUAUUUCUGUGACUGCUUUAUUGCUUCGAACCUUUACUCUACAAGAUGGAAUAUUUCAGAGAAUCAGUUCCUGCAUGAGCCAUGCUGGCAGCCCAUGUCUGCCUAUCAUAUUCAUGCGUGUGGAACAUAGCUGUAAUACUGGGCAUAGAUAAAGUAUCAGUUACUCAGGCUAAGAGAAUAACACAGCCCACUGUGGAGCAGUAUGCAAACUCAGCCAGGGAGAAGAGAGCUAAUAAAAACAGCAUUGCCAAACGCCUGCCUCUCUACCUUAUUCAAAACUGCAUAGAAAAUGUUUGUGUUGGGAGAAAUUUAUAUUAAAGUGGUGAAGAAUUUU